AGGGGCAGAAAUCACUAUCAGUAAAGCAGUAUUUAUAACUUAAGUUUCCCUGAACUUUCCCGUGAACUGGUGAAUGGGAAACGAACUUCAGCGUGGUUCAGAAGAAACAUGGCAGCGUAUGUGAGAAGCGUGAUAUGUCUUGUGUCCAGAGAGCGACCUGCUUUUCUAACAAGGGAAACCGGUGUUAUUGUGGCAUGUAAACGGUACGUACGCGGGCUGAGGAGAAAACCUGUCAGGGUGGUGUUUCCCGACAAUGAAGCGGAUACAGCGGAGAAGGCGAGGCCACAGCCUCGGACAUCAGAGCAACAUGUCAAGAGAGACAAGAAGGAGGAUGCUAAAGUCACACAGACAGCUGCAGAGCACCUUGAAGAAAGUGGCUCUGUCAAGACGAAGAGUAACGCGCAGUCAGCUGUAAAACAUACUCACGUCUUUGUUACUAAGGAUCAAGUUGAUGGACUGCGCUUUGAGAGGGCUUUUCCUGGAGAUAAAAGACUGGCGAGGUUAGUGAGCGUUGCUCGUUCCAGGACGUUUCGAGAGCACCAGGGAAAAAUCCUCCUGGAGGGCAGGCGUUUGAUCUGCGACGCCCUGGAUGCCGGCGCCAACCCACAGAUAGUGUUCUUCAGUACGGUGGAUCGGCUCCGGGAGCUGCCCUUAGACAGGCUUCGAAGGGCCACGCUGGUCAAGGUCAAGUUUGAGGACAUCAAGAUCUGGUCUGACCUCGUGGCUCCACAAGGGGUGAUUGCCAUAUUUUCUCGUCCAGACCCAUCACGGUUAAACUUUGCAAAGACAGGUCAUUCGGUGCCGCUGUCCCUGAUAUGCGACAACAUCCGUGACCCGGGGAACCUUGGGACUAUGUUGCGAUGUGCUGCUGCUGCUGGCUGCCAUAAUGUCCUCCUCACUAAGGGCUGUGUCGAUGCUUGGGAGCCGAAGGUUCUGCGUGCAGCAAUGGGUGCCCAUUUCCGCCUUCCCGUCUAUCCCAACCUGGACUGGAAUGGUGUCGAAAAUCAUCUCCCUAAACCCGUGACUGUCCAUGUGGCUGACAGCAGCUGUGGCCCUGACAGAAGUGGAGAAGCACAAGAUCUGCAAGUUAACGUUUCUCACAAACCCUUUAAAGCAGGAGACUAUGGCUGGGUCAGCACGAGGCGUGAUCGCAGUAACAUGAACUGUGAAGAAUAUGACUCUGACUCUGAUUCUGAUUCUGACUCGGACUCGGAGCAUGAGGGACGUUCACUUCCCAGGGUAGACGCCAAGCUGUACCACGAGAGCUGGGCUGAGAGCCCCACCGCUCUUGUGAUAGGCGGCGAGACUCACGGUCUCAGUCUAGAAGCGGUCCAGUUGGCUGAGAAAACUGAUGGCCACAGGCUCUUUAUUCCUGUGGUUCCUGCUGUGGACAGCUUGAAUUCAGCCAUGGCAACCAGUAUCCUCUUGUUUGAGGGCAGGAAGCAGCUGUUAAAACUGAUGCAAACAUCUGGAAGGAAAUGGAAAUCUAAAGCUGAGGGGCAGUUUUCAUGAUGUUCCCUCCUGGUGGUGUCCAUACAACGUACAAACAAUAACCUGUUCUGCUAAUAAUAAAACUCCAAAUUUCAAUCA